AUGGAGUUUAACAAUAUCAAAUCUUCCGAAAUUAUUUUCAAGGAAAAGCUUUUUGCUUCCGAUUAUUCCGUGAUAUUCCUUGUCAUGGUUAGUGGCCGUAUAUGUGUCAUGAAGGUGCAUCACGGUCGAGGGCCACGACGGUACUACGAGCCAAAAGAUCUACACUGGCACGGCCCUACGGCACGACUGAAUGACUAUCCACCACAUUUAUCACUUGUGUAUCGUCAUGAGAAGGGACCGAUGGACACGCUGGUGGAACAUCUGAUGGCGAGGAUAAUGUGGUGA